AUGGCUACGGCGAUCCCCACAAUCGCGGCUUACUUCCAUUCUUCAGCGGGCUAUACAUGGAUUGGCGGAGCUUAUCUGCUCAGCUCCGCCGCCAGCGCCUGCAUCUGGGCUAAGCUGUCUGAUAUCUGGGGAAGGAAACCUAUCCUCCUUCUUGCGGUUGCGUGGUUCUUCAUUAGCUCGAUUAUCUGUGGGGCUGCGACUAGUAUGGAGAUGUUGAUUGCGGGUCGUGCGCUGCAGGGUGUUGCAGGUGGUGGAUUACUGCAGCUUGUGACUAUCGUUAUUUCGGAUUUGUUCAGCGUCAGUCUAUAUCUCGGCAUUAUGGAGGUCAUGUGGGCCUUCGCUGGCGGCGUUGGUCCACUGCUCGGUGGUGCUUUCAGCCAGUAUGUGACCUGGCGAUGGACGUUCUGGAUCAAUCUUCCCAUCUCCGGGGUAGCGUCUGUUCUUCUGAUCUUUUUUCUGGAUGUGCACAACCCGAAGACGAAAAUCAUGGACGGCGUCCGGGCAAUUGACUGGUUCGGCAGUAUCUCCGUCCUCGGUCUGACCCUCAUGCUUCUAUUGGGACUUGACUUUGGCGGCGAGACAUUUCCCUGGAAAUCCCCGCAGGUAAUCUGUCUGAUUAUCUUCGGAGCUCUGUGUUCGCUGCUGUUCAUCUACAGCGAAAAGAAACUUGCCAAGUAUCCUCUGAUGCCUAUGGAUAUCUUCGCUCAGUUCUCCAAUAUUGCAACCUCACUAGUAGCGUUUGCGCAUGGCUUCGUGAGAGAAUACUACAUCCCCCUCUACCUCCAAUCCGUCCACGGCUCCUCCCCAAUGGGCUCAGGCGUGCUAAUCCUGCCCCUGGUCGUAACAGAAGCCUUCUCCGGCAUGUUCACCGGCGCAAUCAUCCACCGCACAGGCCGCUACCUCGAACUAAUCUGGAUCGGGCUGGUCCUCCUUACAAUCGGCAAUGGCCUCUACAUAACCCUCGACGUCGACUCCUCCGUCGGCAAGAUAGUCGGCUUCCAGCUACUGAGCGGUCUAGGCGCCGGUUUCCUCUUCCAAACGCCCAUCAUCGCCAUCCAAGCCAUGGUCUCGCAGGAAGACACCGCAACAGCGACGGCGACUAUCGGCUUCAUCCGCAACAUGGCGACUGCCUCGUCGAUUGUAAUUGGCGGUGUGGUCUUCCAGAAUAGCAUGAAUCAGAGACAGUCGGACUUGCUGGCUUCGGGCAUGUCAGCUGCUAUGGCGGCGCAGAUGUCCGGGGAUUCGGCGGCGGCGAGUAUCGAGUCUAUUAAGGAGAUUACGGAUCCGGCGCAACUGCGGGCUGUUAGGGAGGCGUUUGCGUGGAGCUUGAGGAAUAUGUGGAUUUUGUAUACUUGUAUGUCUGGUGUUGGGGUUUUCUUUUCGGUGUUUAUUUUCGGGGCCAAGUUGAAUAAGGAGCAUGUUGAGACGAGGACUGGGUUGAAUGUUGAGAAGACGCCGGUUGUUGUUGAGGCUCCGCGUGAUGUGUAG